UUCGCCCGAUGUAUUAGUCAUAACCCCGCUGGAUUUCCGUCCAAGAUCCCCGUAAAACUCCCUAAACCCACCCCCAGGAGGCUCCUCUAGCCCAGCUGGGGGAAAAAAAAUCCGGCAGGGUCCGGCUCUCAGCUGAGCCGUGGGAGGACUCUCAGUGGGUGUACCGUGUAAUCGGGCUGGUCCCAGACACUGAGCUCAUGAAUAAUGCAGCUGCCAAACUUUCUGCGCCGCCCUGAGAGUUUUGGGUAACUUUGUUUGGGAUAGUCCGAAAGCAGCCGCCGCUGCCGCCACUACCACGGCGGGAAGUACUCAGCUCUUCAAGAUCCGGACCAUGGGUAUGUGAACGGGAAAGGGGACCCCCUUCCCCUCUUUCUCCCCCGCAAAAGAUCGCUUUUCUGCCCACCCUUUAAGAAAAAUCAGACACUUUUUUUUUUGCGCGCUCGGCCAGGGAAAGGGAGGAAUCUUCGGUCAGGCCUGGGAACCGAACGCUGGCGAGACCCCUCUGGAAACCCCGGCGUUCGAAAUCGGAACGUUCGCGGGAGCGCCAGCGUUCCGAAUCAGAACGUUCAAGCCCCUCGGAAGCUUUCACUCGAGCCUCAGGCCUCCUCUGGAAUUCCGGGCGGCGAGGCUGAGCCCUCCUUUCCUCCCUCCCGUGACAGCCGCGACUGCAGAUCUACCCCCACCUCCCCAACACACACACCAACUAGUCCUUUAAAGGAGCUGCUUUCUUAAGAGGGAAUUGUAACAAAUCUCUGCAGUUGCAGCGGGGAGGGACAGCAAAGAAAAGAAAAAGUUGCAUAACUUUCCGCCGGGGCCUGACUUGGACGUGCUUCAUGUGUACUCUGGAAGAUCCUGCGAGAUAAAAAGUUUUGGGAGGGAGGGGACGGCUGCCUUAGAGCCGCCGGGGCCUCUGGGGAGAAGGGGAAAGGGGAAAAAAAAGGGCGCUCGGAUAAGUUUAGCUUUGGAAGGGUUUGAAGAAGCUUAUCAUCUUCAUCAUUAUUUGCAUCUCGUGUCUCGGAUGACUUUCGGGUCUCUUUUGGACCCUCACUGCAAAAUACUUAUUUUGUGCGACGGGGGUUGGAAACUGGCGAUUUAAGAGGGCGAAACCCCAGAGAUCUGCUCCAGAGACUCGACUUCCCCGCCCCAAGUUCGGGAAAGAAAAGUUCGGGAAAAGGUGGCGAGAAUGAACCCUGCUGGCGUCCCUCCCCCGCCGGGGCAGCAGGUGAUCCAUGUCACGCAGGAUCUGGACACCGACCUGGAGGCUCUCUUCAACUCGGUCAUGAACCCCAAGCCCAGCUCGUGGAGGAAAAAGAUCCUGCCGGAGUCCUUCUUCAAGGAGCCCGACUCGGGUUCCCACUCCCGGCAGUCCAGCACCGACUCCGGCAGCCACCCGCCGCGGCUCAGCAGCGCCGCCGUCGGAGCCCACCACGUCCGCUCGCACUCGUCGCCCGCCUCCCUGCAGCUGGGCGCCGGGGCCGGGGCCACCCCGAGCCAGGCCCAGCAACAUGCCCACCUCCGCCAGCAAUCCUACGACGUGACGGACGAGCUGCCGCUGCCUCCCGGCUGGGAGAUGGCACUCACGCACACGGGCCAGAGAUACUUCCUCAACCAUAUAGAGAAGAUUACGACGUGGCAAGAUCCUCGAAAGACCAUGACCCAGCCAUUGAACCACAUGAGCCAUCAUCCUUCAGCCCCUUCUACCCCUGUAUCGCAGAGAUCCAUGGCAAUGUCACAGCCCAACCUGGUAAUGAAUCACCAGCACCAACCGCAAAUGACACCCAGUACAACUAUAUCCCAGCAGAACCACCCUACCCCAAACCCUCAAGCCGCCUUAUUGAACAUACCGAAUGCCUUGACUUCCCAGCAGCAGCAGCAACAGAAGCUGAGGCUUCAGAGGAUCCAGAUGGAACGAGAGAGGAUUCGCAUGCGCCAGGAGGAACUCAUGCGUCAGGAAGCUGAUUUGUACAGACAACUUCCCAUGGAGUCUGAGAACAUGGCUCCAGUUCAGACUGCUGUGAGCACACCUCCUAACAUGACACAAGACAUGAGGUCUGUUACAAAUAAUGGGUCGGAUCCCUUCCUGAACAGUGGGCCAUACCAUUCCAGGGAGCAGAGCACAGACAGUGGCCUAGGCUUAGGAUGUUACAGCAUACCAACUACACCUGAAGACUACCUCAGCAAUGUAGAUGAGAUGGACACAGGAGAUAAUGUAGCACAGACUCCCCUGAAUAUCAACCCACCACAGACCCGUUUCCCCGACUUCCUUGACUGUCUUCCAGGAACAAACGUUGACCUUGGGACAUUGGAAUCUGAAGACCUGAUCCCCAUCCUCAACGAUGUAGAAUCGGUCCUCAACAAAAACGAGCCCUUUCUCACCUGGCUGUAACUGAUAAUGCAACGUUUUCUUUUCCUCCUAGCAAAACAAAAAAUAAGGGCAGAGCAUCCUCAAGCCUCUCAGUUAGCCAUCCUUGGUGCCUUACCGACGUCUGCGAGACCCUUUUAAUCAGUGAAUCUCGGUCUAGAUUUCACUGACAGUAACUUAAGUAUGAAAUCUAUAGAUAUAUAUAUAUAUAUUUAAAGUAGAACUGCUGAUAUACACAUCUAUAACCUUUCCUCUUUAGUUACAUAUGAGCGGUUCUCUUUGUCUUUUGGUGCAUAGCUGAACUUAACAGCCAUCAGUUACACACAACAAGUUUAGCAAAUAAUAAAAAAAUAAAUCUGACCAGAAGAAGCUUUAGAUUGUAAGAAGGCAGCUUAGUUCCAAAAAUCCUGCACGUUAUCAAGUUGAGUGCAGUUCUACAGCUGUAUUUAUGACAAUAGUACCAAAUGCUUCUCAUCUUAUAUAACUUGAGCUUUAAAAAUCAUUGCAUUUUUAAAAGUGAACUUGUGCUGUAUUUAAAAAAAUCCUAAUCAGCCACAAGGCUCCAGAUCCAGAUUUUUUGCAAAUACACAAACAGUACUAUUUGCAUUUCCUCCCCACCUCACCCCCACAAUAUAUUAUUGAAUGGUUUGUAGGUGAAAUCUUUUAGUUACAUUUUUUUUUUUACACUACUACAAUAUUGUAAAAUAGACCAGUUUGGUACUAAUUGCUGCCAUUUUAUAUAUACACACGCACAGACAUAUAUAUAUAACACUAAAAAUGUGAUUAUGAAAGUGUUUCCCCCCCUAGGAAGUACACUUUAUAUGUAGCUGCUUAAUAUUCACUACAAUUCUGCAACAGAACAUGGUUUUCUUGCAGCUUUUAGUCUGCACAAAGCGGACACUCAACAGAACACCUUCCCCUCCCCCUCCAAAAUUCAGGAUAAAAAUACGGCACAAGUUUGACACUUCUGAAUGCAGUAAAAAUUAAUUUUGUAAAGCCUCAUUAUCUUCUCUUUUAUUUUUAGUAAUUAUUUUGUCGUUGAAGUUUUAAAGAAGCUAGAAACAGGAGUCUCACGUUAUCAUGUAGGUGAUAAGCCAGCAUCCAUUUGUCAGCCUGGCAAAGUUGCUGAGGAUUCUUAACCGAAUGGCUUUUUUUAUUCUUGACUUAAUGGGACACAAGGCACUAUACAUGUUGUACUCCAUACCUAUAAUAUUCAUAUAUAGGGUUGCUUUAUUAAAAACAGCUUGAUAUGUGGGACUGAGAAUGCAUCAAGGACUUCAAUCUCCACUUCCCCUGAAAUGCAAAUGACGUCCUGAGAUCCUUAAGUAUUUUUAACUGAUAUUAUUUAUAAUUAUGAAUUUUAAGCUUUUUUAUAUUGAAAAAAAAUCAUCUUUUUAUAGAAGGCAUUAUAAUUUGUGCAAGCCUCUUAAUACACAAUAGGCAGGGCAAGCAAGAGGCAUAGCACUUUGCUGUGCAUUAGUUUUAAGAGUAAGAAACCAUUGCUGUAGCGUACUAACCUUUGCCAACUCAUGCUGGCUGAGGCCAAUGGGAAUCCUAGUCUAAAACAUCUGGCGGGCACCGGCUUGGCAAAGGGAUGCUAUAGCACAAUGUUGGACAGUGGAUGGGUCCCCUCUGCCCACCCCUCUCUUUGGACUAGUUGAAGAAAAAAGGCAGGUGAAAUGGGUGGGGAGGUUGGAGUCGUCAGAAUUUGGGCUUGGAAGGAGAAUGGCUGUAACGGGAAAUAGGAGUGCUGGAGUGUUUAGAAGUGCAGGUCGGGGAAACUGACUAUAUGUGGAACCACCACUGAUCAAAUCAAUACCUGUGAAUACUACCUUAUGGGAGAAUUGUUGCUUGAAGGUAGCUGAUCUGACAGCACCAGGCUUGUUAGGUUUAUUAUUACUAUUAUUAUUAUAAAUAUUUUAAGAUGUGGAUGAUGAAAGGUAAAAAGUUCCUUAUUUGACUCAUAGAGCCAGGGUGGGUGAGAAGACAGGUAGAAAGACAGGCAUUUGUGAGUUUCGUUCCUUUUAGCAGAUCGUUGUACCCACAGAGUAUAUUUUCAGUUAAUGGGCAUUCCCUGUGCCCUUCUCUUAAAGGGCUUUCCUCUCCUUGGCUGGCUAACCAUAUAUAGUUGGUUAGUAACAAAAUAGAAAGCACAUCUUCAAACACUGACCCUGGGUUUUCCUAUUAUUUAUAGAUAUCGGCCAUAAAAUGCAAAUCAGGAGGUCCUAAGGUGUUUAUUCUCUUAGUAUUGGCGGGGGGGGGGAGGCUGAAAAUGCUCAGAAAGCAGACAAUAUCCAGGACCAGCUCCAAAACUAAUGUAAAUCAUUGUUCUCCAGUUAGGGGCUUUGUGCUCGCUUACAACAUGUGAAAACAACCCCAUGGUUCCCUGUUGCAUCCAAGAUAAGAUCUGGCCAUACUUGGAUCAUAUCUGAGAUUUGCGGCUUGAAUGAAGAGGGGCUGGCUUAUCUGUGGGGGUGGGGAUCUGACCACAUAAGUUUAGACUUGAAAGACCAGCUCCAAAUUUUCAUUGGCCAUAGGAAAAGGGGAAAGGACUUCACGUGCCGGUUUGUACAUCCAAAAUACCCACCGACGAUUUGUUUCAGGGAGUACAAGCUAUGGAAACCCCCUUCGCUCAUUUCCCAGAAAGUGUUCACAUCUGUAUAAAGCGGGGGUCAGGUUAGAGAAGGAACUUGGUGGCAGAGGAGGUCCUCAAGAAAUUCCGGGUCAGAGGUUGCAACAACAAGGAUAAUUAAUGUAUUGCUUUGUGCCAUGGAUACCCUCCCAAAGAUUAUAAGGGGGGCAAAAUUCAGGACAAGUGGUGCCAUUUCUAGAAUAAACCUCAUUUAGAAGCAACAUAUCCUGUGUGUGAACCACAUGGUAUGCACCAAGGUCUUUCCCAUUCAUUUCUGUGGAAGGGACAUCUCCAUCCCUGCAUCCCUUUAACCCAGCAGAGCGAACUCCUCCAUAGAAGUCGAUGGGGAUGUUCAUUUUAUUAUUGGAGCACCUCCAGAUCUUUGGACGGGGGGCUGUGAACAUGGGAAAACCUGGGAGAAAGGAAUUAUGCUGUUCUUUGCUCCACUUCCCUCUUGUCUGAAGCAGCUGAAAGUGAAGAGGGGCACAUUUUGAUUAGGAAAGUAUGCUUGGUUUAAGUUUGCAGUUCUAAGCACAUUUACCUGGAAGCAAGUCCUGUGGAGCUCAGUGGGGCUUAUUUACUUUCCAGUAGACAUGCUUAGGAUUGUAGAAUAAGGAGUAUCUCCACUGGAGAGUUUAGAGCAACCUUCUCCAUCCUCGGGGCUGUCAGAUGUUUGCUCCAGGCUGGCUGAGGCUGAUGGGAGCUGGAGUCCUGCAAUGUCUGGAGGGCACCAGUGGGUGGGGGAGUCUCAUUUAGAGCUAUACUGUGAGAGCUGAGAAUCAGGCCUGAGAGGGGGACCUUCUGGGCUUCUACAAUCUCUGGUUCCCUGUGACUGUGAUUUAAAAGGCAGUGUGUGUUAUGCUAUGGUGAAAGCUGCAGCUAAAACAUUAACUACUAUUGUAAAACAACUGCCAGAAACUUGUUUUUUUGAAAAAAAAUUAAGUAAUGAACCAAACGAUAGUGAAGAUUUUGAGGGGGGUGUUGUUCUAAUAUUCAGAGAAGUGUGUGUGUGUGUGUGUUUUAGGGAUGGGGGAGAGAACAGGGGCUUUCAUUGAAGCCCUCUUUUCAAAUACUUUUUUUUUUUUUACUUUAAAAAAGGCUUAGUUGUUUCUAAUGGAAUUAUUGUUAAUUAUUUGACAAAACGUUGACAUGUGACUUUUGGCUUGUGAAACCCAAUUUUAAUUUUUUUUACGCUACACUACUUGUAUCGACAAUGAACGGAUAUGCGAGUGGCACCGAGUCGAUCCGAAAGGUCGAGUGACUUCAUAUGUAAAUGCUGAUUUAUAUGCAGAUUGUGAGGUUCUGAUUAUAAUUUGUCACCCAGUUGUGCUAUUAAAAGCAGUGGUUUUCAAACGGCGCUAAAGGGAAGCCUGGGGUACCUUUCAGGAGCUCCUCAAUGAGACCAUAAGUAAUGGUGGAUGAUCCAGCAUGAAAGAGAGAAGGCCUGCCACCUUGCGUGUAGAGCCAACGCAGCGUAGAGGUUAGAGCGUUGGACUAGGACUCGGGAGACCAAGGUUCAAACCCCCACUCAGCCAUAAGAACUUAAGAAUUGUCCUACUGGAUCAGUCCAGUUGACCACGUUGUCCAGAAAGCUGUUUUCACAGUGGCCAACCAGAUGUCCACGGGAAAGCAAAAUCUUGAGUGCAACAGUACUCUCCCCUCCAGCGAUUUCCAACAACUGGUAUUUGGAGGCAGAACAUCGGGGUUCUGAUAGUUUUAUCCAUGAAUUUGCCUAAAUUUUUAAAGCCAUCCAAGUUGAUGGACAUCACUGCCUCAUGUGGGAGCGGAUUUCAUAGUUUUAACUUUCUCUUAUCUUUCAACAUUCAUCUUCGUUGUAUGUCUACAAGUUCUAGUGUUAGGGAGACAGGGAGAAACACUUUAUCUACUUUCUCCAUGCUGUGCACUUCUAUCGUGUCGCCUCUUACUUGCAAACUAAAAAGUCUCUAAUGCUGUAACCUUCCCUGGUGGGCUGUUGCUCCAUCAUCUUGAUCGUACUGGCUGCCCUUUUCUGAACUUUUUCCAAGUCUUUCGAACUUUCCCCAACCUUUUUGAGGUAGCAGCAUUAUUAUAAUGGCAGGUUUCAUUUCAUUUCAUAUUGACCUAUUGGCAUGGAAUUUUCUUUCUUCACAGCUGCCACACACUGGGUCAACAUUUUCAUGGAGCUAUGCACUAUGAAUCCAUAGUCCUGUUCCAGUUCAGACCCUAUGAGGACAUGCGUGAAAUUAAUACGUUUUUGUGCCUUUCCACUUGUCUACAUUGAAUUGCAUUUGGCAUCUUACCACGGAGUGUGGAGUGGUCCUUUUGGAGUUCUUCACAACCCCCCCCUUUUUGUUUGUUUGUUUUAACCACCAUGAACACUUAAAUAUCAUCAGCAAACUAGGCCAUCUCACUUGCUCACUCCUAACUCUAAAUUGUAUAUGAUCUUUGGAGGACCCCACUUCCUACAUCCUUCCAUAUGGAAAACUUGUCCACCUAUUCUUUCUCUCUGCUUCACAAGAACUUAAUAAUAGCUAUCCGGAUCAGGUCAGUGGCCCAUCUAGUCCAGCAUCCUGUUCUCACAGUGGCCGACCAGAUGCCUAUGAGAAACCAGGGAGUAGAACGAGAGCCUUCUCCUUUCCUGUGGUUUCCGACAACUGGUAUUCAGAAGCACUGCAGCCUCUGACUGUGCAGAUAGAAAACCCAGACAUCAUGGCUAGUAGCUUCCUGUUACUUAACCAAUUCCUGAUCCACAAGGGGAUUUUGCCUCUUAUUCCUUGACUGCUAAGCUUGCUCAGGAGUCUUUGGUGAGCUGUGAAGCACCAGGGGUGGCCUUGGGCCAGCCUAACCUACAUCUCAGGGUCAUUAUGAGGGAAGCUUCUUGAAAGACAACUGGGAUGGAAGGGUAGUCAAAAAUUGAAUCCUCCGUUUCCCUCCCCCUGUAACAGAGGAGUAUUGGAUGAGUUCUAGGGUUUGUUCUCAGGUCAUGUUAAGUGGCAAUGAGGUCCAACAGGCCUAGUCUGUGCCCCAUGUUCACGGAGUUUACACCCUAGAAUGUUUCCCCAAAAUCCUCUGCAGCAACUAGGGGUUAUGUAGCAGGUUUGCCAGAGUCCCUCAGCCAACGUAAAAAGGAUUCCCUAAAGGCAGAAGUUUGAAAACCGCUGUACUAGAAGGUAACUAUUGGGAAAGAAGGCUUCAUGAAAACAAAUGCGGUUUUUUGUGUUGUUUUUUUUAAAGAGUUGGGUGGGAGGGACUAAGUCUCUGUUUUCAGUAAGGGAAAUGGGUGAUGAAACACAUGUUUCGGUUUUCUUAAUACACUACAUCCAUGUUAUGUGCUAAUACUUUAAUACUUUUUUAUUUUAUUUACAUCAGUUUGUUAUGCUAUAUGCCAUCUUGUGUGAGCAUUUGUUUUUCAAUGUAGAAUGAUUUGCAUACAUAGCGUAUGCUUCAAAAUUCAAUCAGAUCAAACGGUUGUAUCCAGAGUUUGGUUCUGGUUUUUCUUUUUUUAAAAAAAAAAUAUUUCUUUUAAUAUUGUACAAGAAAAAAAAUAAAAUAAAAUAGAAAUGGAUUUAAAAUUCCAAUCUAUGUACUUGUUAAUGUAAUGGCGUCCAGUCACUCUUGGGGAUGGGGGUAGAACUUCAUAGGAAACUCCCUUCUAUCAAAUCAGACCAUUGGCUCAUUUAUCUUGGUAUUGCCCUACCCUGACCGGCAGCUGCUGCUGUCUAUUGCUACAGGCAGGUUUAUUUCUUAACUACCUAGCGAUGCCUACCAGAGAUGUCCGGCACGCAGAGCCAAUGAGGUCCAGUCCUUCCUUUCUCUAAUUGAGCUUGUAUAUUGUGACUAGAAAGAAGACGAAGAUAAUGGUUCUUUCAUUUGGCAUGAAGCUAGGUCUGCUACCUCUGUUUUAGCAACGAGAGCAUGACGAUUAAAACAAUUGUCUGAAGUUUCUCCUGGCAGAGGGGGAAAGCAUCUCAUUAAUUUGUACGUGACGGGUUGCUAUUAUAAAGGCACAGAAAAUGGGACUGGGAGAGGAGAGUUGGCAACCUAAUAUGUACUUAAAGAACUUGUUCAUACUAUUUUCUGUUUCCCUAAUGCAUCAAGACAUGCCUGGAAAUGGCUUUGUUCAAGCUGGAACGACUUCCGUGUGUUCUCAACAAGGUAUAUUCCUAGCGGUAGAACACUCAGGAAAGCGAAAAGCACCAGAAGAUGCUGCCAAGCUAAAAUUGACUUCAUUUUUAUUUAUCACAAGAGGGCAGUACAUUUCUUCCUUCCCAGCUGUAUUGCAAUUAAAUGUUCGAAAUGUG